AUGCCCACCUCCGGGCCCCCGGACCCCACACCCUCCCCGCCGCCUCCCGACACCGCCAAACCCACCACCCCCCCACCCAUCCUCCUCGCCCUCUCCGGCCCCACCUCCUCCGGCAAAACCACCCUCGCCGCCGCCCUCCACGCCAUCUUCCCCCCGCCCCACUCCCUCACCAUCCACGCCGACGACUUCUACAAACCCGACUCCGAAAUCCCCACCACCGACGACGGCCUCCCGGACUGGGACUGCGCCGGUAGCCUCGACCUGGCCGCCCUGGCCGCCGUCCUCCGCGGCCUCCGGUCCGGCGCGCCCGCGCCCGCGCGCCUGCUCCGGCAGGGCAACUUCGCCCCCGACGGCGUGCACGGCGCCGCCGCCGCCGUCACGGGCGGCAUCGGCGCGGCGACGGUGGAGCGGCUGAGGAGGGCGGCGGCGGCGGCGCGGGGGGACCGGCGGCGGCGGACCCUCGUGGUGGUGGAGGGGUUCCUGCUCUUCGGGCGGAGCGUGCCGGUUGGGGUGCGGGACCUGUUCGACGUCAAGGUGCUGCUGCGGGCGGGGCGGGGGCAGGCGCGGGCGCGGCGGGCGGGCCGGGGCGCGUACGUGACGCUCGAGGGGUUCUGGCAAGAUCCGGAGGGCUACUUCGAUCGGGUCGUGUGGCCGAAUUAUGUCGAGGAGCAUGGGGGGAUGGUGGAUGGGGUCGACGGGGAUGGGGUCGUGGAGGGGGAGGGGAGUUUUGGGCAAAGGGUGCAUUGUUCGGAUCCGGGGGGGGGGUGA